AUGGUGGAUGACCCUACAGCGACGAUGAAACCGAUUACAUUUGUUGCCCUACUGCUUCCACUUCUUCUCCUGGCCGUUGGAGUUCCCGCCCAGGAGGAAGAGGAGGAGGAAGAAGAAGAGGGUGAUGAAGAAGACACUGAGCCUCCACCCCCCGAGGGACCCCCAUUGCAGCCUCUGUGCAACCUCGCAACCCUUUAUGGAUAUAAAUGCGAAGAACAUCCUGUGGUGACUAAGGAUGGGUAUAAACUGGAUAUGUACAGACUACCACCAACCAAAGCACCUAGCGGAACAACAGUUUUACUCAAUCACGGCUUGUUCCUCAGUGCCGAGAUAUACGCAAUAUUCAACAACAGCAUAGGUUACCAGCUGGCAGACGAAGGCCAUGACGUGUGGUUAGCGGCAGCAAGAGGUUCGAUACACGGCAGAAACCACACAACUCUCAAUCCGGAAACUGACGACAAAUUUUGGGAUUUUAGUUGGCAAGAAUCUGGAUUGUACGAUGUACCCGCCCAAGUCGAUUAUGUCAUCGAGAAGACGAAAGCGAAACAGAUCCACUACAUUGGCCAUUCAAUAGGAACCACAAUCUUCUUCCUCAUUGCAAGCAAGGUUCCAGAAACAGCAAGUAAGCUGAAGACUGUUACUCUUUUAGCUCCUGUAUUUUACUUCACAAAAUACCAAUUCAUGUUUAAAGAGGGUUCUUCGAUGUAUACAAUGGCUUUGGAUACGAUGAAAGGUUUCGACGAAAAGAAGAAAUGGGAGGCUUUCCCACGUUCUGACAUUCCAAAGUCGGACCAUCAAAUCGCUUGCGAAGAUUUGCCAAGCAUGGCUGUAACUUACUGUAAUAUGGGAAUGGAUAUGUCGAAGCAGAAAGUUGGUGAAUUUAUGCCAGCUGGUACAUCAAAGAAAAAUCUUGAACAUCUCAUGCUGUGUAUCAUGAAGGGCAAAGCCACAUUUUUUGACUACGGGGAAGAAAAAAAUACUAAGGCGUAUGGACAGGCAACUGCUCCAGAGAUCGAUUUGAAGGCUAUCAAGAAUAAUCUUCAUGUUUUUUAUUGUGAAAGCGAUCAUUUGGCAGCAACUCAGGAUGUCGACGUUCUCCUCAAGGAAAUUAAAGUGGAAACAAAACAUUACAUAGAAGAUGAGAACUUCAACCACAUGGAUUUCAUCAUUCCGACAUCACAAGAAAAUGAAAACAAUUUUAAAGGAGUUGUUCAAAAAAUAAAAGAAAUUUUAACUAAAUAA